AUGCAGCAGACUUUUCUGACCCUACUGGCAGCUGUCGUGAUUGCCCAGGCAUCUAGCACAGGCGGAUCAGAAUGGGACGCCGCCUAUGACAAGGCUCGGGCAGCCCUCAGCAAGUUGAACCAGACUGAAAAAGUCGGCAUCGUCACGGGAGUGGAAUGGAUGCGCGGCCCAUGUGUUGGCAAUACCUUACAGCCAAGCUCCAUCGACUAUCCCUCACUGUGUUUGCAAGACUCUCCUGUGGGAAUUCGCUUCGCCAACCCGGUGACUGCCUUCCCCGCAGGAAUCAACGCCGGUGCGACAUGGGAUCGAGCUCUUAUUCACGCUCGCGGGGUCGCCAUGGGUGCCGAAGCCAAGGGCCUCGGGGUCAAUGUGCAGCUCGGACCCGUGGCUGGGCCUCUAGGCAAGAUCCCCGACGGCGGAAGAAUCUGGGAGGGUUUCUCGAACGACCCCUAUCUCAGUGGUGUAGCCAUGGAAGAGGCCAUUCAGGGCAUGCAAAGCUCUGGCGUUCAAGCCUGCGCUAAGCACAUCAUCGGCAAUGAGCAAGAGUACAAUCGCAACACCAUCAGUUCAAAUAUUGACGACCGCACUCUGCACGAGCUCUACCUCUGGCCCUUCGUGAACGCCGUCAAAGCCAACGUGGCUUCGGUUAUGUGCUCUUACAACAUGUUCAACGAGCAGUGGGCCUGUGAGAGUGAUGAUCUGCUCAACGGCAUCAUGAAGACCGAGCUAGGGUUCCGCGGCUACAUCAUGAGCGAUUGGAAUGCGCAGCACACCACGGUCAACAGCGCCAACUCCGGCCUGGACAUGACUAUGCCCGGCAGUGACUUCAAUGUCCCUCCUGGUAGCAUCUUCUGGGGCCCUAAUCUCACAGACGCCAUCACUAAAGGGGAAGUCCUCGAGUCCCGGCUUGAUGACAUGACGACUCGUAUCCUUGCCUCGUGGUACUUGCUUGGUCAGGAUCAGAAUUACCCCCCGGUAGCCUUCAGCUCCUGGAAUGGUGGUCAGGCCAACGUGGAUGUGACGGCCGACCACAAGAUCGUCGCAAGAGCGGUGGCCCGCGACUCUAUUGUUUUGCUGAAGAACGACGACAAUAUUCUGCCUCUGAGUAAGCCCAAAAGUCUAGCGAUUAUAGGAUCAGACGCCAUUGUCAACCCUGCCGGGCCUAAUGCUUGCAUUGACCGUGGCUGUGACAAUGGCACUCUUGCCAUGGGUUGGGGGAGUGGUACUGCGCAGUUCCCGUAUCUUGUCGGCCCUCUCGAUGCCAUUAAGACUCAGGCAACCGCUGGCGGCACUACUAUCGUUACCAGCACUACCGACGACGCGGGCCCCGCUGCUUCGGCUGCCGCUGCCGCCGAUACCGCCAUUGUCUUCAUCAACUCGGACUCUGGUGAAGGUUAUAUCACCGUGGAAGGCAACGCCGGUGACCGCAACAACCUCGACCCCUGGCACAAUGGCAACCAACUCGUCCAGGCUGUGGCGGGGGUAAACAAGAACGUCAUUGUUGUCUGUCACAGUGUUGGCCCCGUCAUUCUGGAAACCAUUCUGGCGCAACCCAACGUCAAAGCCGUCGUCUGGCCCGGUGUUCCCGGCCAGGAGAGCGGUAACGCGCUCGUCGAUGUCUUGUACGGCUCUACCUCCCCGAACGGCAAGCUGCCUUAUUCCAUAGCCAAGCAGUUUAGUGACUACGGCACCAACUGGACGACAUCUCUGCAAGACAACUUUACCGAGGGUCUCUUCAUUGACUACCGCCAUUUCGAUGAAAACAACAUCACUCCUCGCUACGAAUUCGGCUACGGCUUGACAUACACCAACUUCACUUACUCACAGCUCAAGGUCCAAGUCAACGCCACACACGGUGUCAUUUCGGGCUCCAUCGUUCCUGGAGGUCACCAGGAAAGUUUCCUUAGCGUCGGUUCCAUUUCCGUCAACGUUACGAACAGUGGUCCUGUCGCCGGCGCCGAAGUUGCCCAGCUCUAUAUCGGGCUUCCUAGUAGCGCGCCCUUGACGCCUCCCAAGCAGCUAAGAGGAUUCCAGAAGUUGCCGCUCGCUCCUGGCCAGCAGGGAACUGCCACCUUUGAGCUCACCCGUCGCGACGUCGCCUACUGGGAUGUGAACCAGAAGUCCUGGGUAGUGCCCAGCGGCACUUUCAAGGUGUACGUGGGCAGCUCGAGUAGGGAUAUUCGCGAACAGGGCUCGUUCACUGUCUAG